AUGGGAGAUAUCGGAGCUACACAGUCAGACUACUACGACCUCGGCAACCAUCGCCGCCCAGUAACCACUACCUCCGCAACAGCGCAGCUCUGGUUUGAUCGUGGUUUAGCAUGGGCCUAUUCGUUCAACCAUGAGGAAGCAGUCCGUUGCUUUACGCGGGCAUCUGAAGCUGACCCCAACUGCGCCAUGGCAUUAUGGGGUAUAGCCUAUGCUAUCGGUCCAAACUACAACAAAGCCUGGACGUUCUUCGACAGGGCUGGCCUCAAGUCCAGUGUGGAGAAGGCCACUGAUGCGUUGAAUCGUGCCGCCAGCCUGGGUGGUCUGAUCACUCCCGUGGAAAGAGCGUUGAUCAAGGCACUCACGGCUCGAUUCCCGCCAGUCGAAAACAUCCCCGAUGAUCUAAAACCGCUGAACAGGGCAUAUGCGGAUGCAAUGCGGACCGUGUAUCAAGAAUUCUCGGAUGACAUCGAUGUAGCUGGAAUGUUCGUCGAGGCGCUGAUGUGUAUCAGUCCCCGGGGUUUAUGGAACUUGGAUACCGGGAAGCCCAGUGGCGGCCACACAGUCGAGGCUCGAGCCGUGAUCGAGCCCGCACUAGCAGGGCCUGGCCGUAACCAUCCUGCUCUUUGCCACCUUUACAUCCACCUGAUGGAGAUGUCUCCGUACCCUGAGCUGGCUCUACCGCCUGCUGACCGGUUACGCCGUUUGGUCCCUGACGCUUCUCAUAUGCUACACAUGCCGACACAUAUCGAUAUCGCUGUUGGUGACUACCGCCGUGGAGUGGAAUCGAACGAGGAGGCUAUGGUCGCUGACGACAAGUACUUUGCGCGCGAGAACACAUCUGGGUUGUACGUGGCAUAUCGAGUGCACAACAUUUGUGCGAAGAUGUAUUCAGCUUUCAUAUCUGGGCGAUCUCAGGAAGCCUUUUCAGCUGCAAAGCGGCUCGAAGAGAUUAUCGACAUCAAUGUACUCACAAUUGCUAGUCCUCCAAUGGCUGACUGGACGGAGGGAUUUCUCGGGAGUAUCGCACAUGUGCUGGUUCGCUUUGGUCGCUGGGAAGAGAUUCUCACCCUGGAUCUCCCGGAAGAUCGCAAACUCUACUGCUCAAAGACUGCAACACUUCUCUAUGCACGUGGAAUUGCGUUGAGCGCCCUCGGCCGCACGGAAGAAGCGGAAGCCACACAGAAAGAGUUCGAAGCAGUACGUGCAACCGUCCCGCCUUCCCGUAUGAGUAGCAUACCAUGUAAGAUGGUCGACGUCUUUGCCGUCGGCUCAAAUAUGCUCAACGGUGAACUCGAAUACCGGAAGGGUAACUACGAAGCUGCAUUUACCAGUCUCCGAAAGGCCAUCGAGCUUGAAGAUGCGCUUCCGUACUCUGACCCGCCACCAUGGAUGCAGCCCGUUCGUCAUGCCCUGGGCGGGCUAUUGCUUGAACAGAACCGGGUUCAGGAAGCAGAGCUCGUGUUCCGUGAGGACUUGGGCAUUGCUAAAGACUUCCCUCGCCGUAAGGCACGCAUCAAUAACGUAUGGGGCUUACAUGGGCUUCAUGAAUGCUUGGUACGGUCUGGCAAGAUUGAGGAGGCUUGUGGUAUUGCUGUCCAGCGGGAUAUUGCUAUUGGCACUGCUGACGUCCCCAUUACUACUUCGUGCUAUUGUCGACUAUCUGCGGUUGACAAGCCUAAGACAUGCUGUUCUGAAUGUUAG